CGAGAGCGGAAAGCUGGGGGCUCGCACUUCCGGUCUUUGUGGCUCUGCUCUGCAGGUUGGCAGCCUGCUCUCUGACCGCUGCGGGGCUUUGCGGACAGAAGAGAUUACUCAAAGAAGCUUUGAAGCACAGUAGUGAGCCUCUUGCUAAGCUGCUUUAGCCCAUAAUGGCCAUGGAAUCCAGAGCAGUUUCAACCCAGGUACCUCAGGAACAAGAAUUAAUACUAGUAAAAGUGGAAGAAAGUCUUUCCUUGGGUCAGAAGUUUAAACAGAAUGGGAGUACUCGGUCCUGCCAGGAACUGUUUCGACAACAGUUCAGAAAGUUUUGCUACCAGGAGACUCCUGGGCCUCGGGAGGCUCUGAGCCGACUCCAGGAGCUUUGCUGUCAGUGGCUUAUGCCAGAGUUCCACACAAAGGAACAGAUUCUGGAACUGCUGGUGCUGGAGCAGUUCCUGAGCAUCCUGCCUGAGGAGCUGCAGGUCUGGGUUCAGCAGCACAAUCCACAAAGUGGCGAGGAAGCUGUGACUCUGUUGGAGGAUUUGGAGAGGGAAUUUGAUGAUCCAGGGCAGCAGGUCCCAGCUAGUCCACAGGGACCAGCAGUGCCUUGGAAACAUUCAACAUAUCUGGGAGAAUCUGAAGAGUUAACAAACAUCCAACUCCAGCCUUUAAAGACACAGCUGAAGCCCUGGAAGCCUUGUCUGUCUGCCCAAAGGGAUUGUGAGGAGAAUGAAUCAGCACCAAAGGACAUGCUUGGAGAAAAAGCACAAGGACUUCCCCAGGGACCUUCAUUUGAAGACGUUAGUGAACAUGAGAGCAGUUCCAAGUGGCAGCAGGGAAGUGCUACAGGGGAGAAAUUAAGAUCCUUAUCCCAAGAAGGCAGUUUUAAUCAAGUAAUCUUCACACACAAAUCUCUAGAAAAGAGAAGCAUCAUCUCUAGAAAAAACGAGCCUCAAAGAAGCUUCCUUCUAAGUACAAACUCCAUAAUGUAUCAGAAAGUCCCUACAGAAGAGAGGCCUUAUAGGUGUGAUGUUUGUGGGCAUAGCUUCAAACAACAUUCCUCUCUAACUCAACACCAGAGAAUCCACACUGGAGAAAAGCCCUACAAAUGUAGCCAGUGCGGGAAGGCCUUUAGUUUGAGAUCCUAUCUGAUUAUUCAUCAGAGAAUUCAUAGCGGUGAGAAAGCCUAUGAAUGUAGUGAAUGUGGCAAAGCCUUCAAUCAGAGCUCAGCCCUCAUUCGACAUCGGAAAAUUCACACUGGAGAGAAAGCCUGUAAAUGUAAUGAAUGUGGCAAAGCAUUCAGUCAGAGUUCCUACCUAAUUAUACAUCAACGAAUUCACACUGGUGAAAAGCCCUAUGAGUGUAACGAGUGCGGGAAAACCUUUAGCCAAAGCUCAAAGCUUAUUCGACACCAGCGAAUUCAUACAGGAGAGAGACCAUAUGAAUGUAAUCAGUGUGGGAAAGCCUUCAGGCAAAGCUCCGAACUGAUUACCCACCAGAGGAUACACAGUGGAGAGAAACCCUAUGAAUGUAAUGAGUGUGGAAAAGCCUUCAGUUUGAGUUCAAACCUCAUCAGACAUCAAAGAAUCCACAGUGGAGAGGAACCUUAUCAGUGUAAUGAGUGUGGUAAGACCUUCAAAAGAAGCUCAGCCCUUGUUCAGCAUCAAAGAAUCCAUUCUGGGGACGAAGCAUAUAUAUGUAGUGAAUGUGGCAAGGCUUUUAGGCACAAGUCAGUCCUUAUGCGCCAUCAGAGAGUUCACACUGUAAAGUAACCAGUGAAUAUCGAGCAUUAUAAGUAUUUCAGUCAGAUGUACACCUUUUUAGCUUCAAAGGUUUAUUUUGGAGCAAGACUAGAAAGGUUAUAAACUACUAGGUCUUGAGCCGAUAUGAUUCAGCAUAAUUUGAUGCAGCAAUUUCCAACACUAAUGUAAAUUGUCCCUUGAACGGUAUGAAUGACUAGAAUGGCAGAUGGAAGAUUGUUUCCAGAUUUUUCUCUUAAUAAAUACUCAGGAAAUAUGAAAAAUAGGAGUGAAGCUUCAUUUUUCAUGAGAACAUCGUGAAAAGGUUUUUCUAUCCAGAUCCUGUGACUGCAUCUCAGUCUGCCAGCUAUGAAAGACUGUGUGAACAGGUCAAGAAAUAUUUUAUCUCAGGAACACAAAAAUGUAACUGACCAGUUAAGAACAGUGGCAUAGAAGCAAGACAAAUGGGGAAAUGGUUUCACCAUUGGCUAUUGAAUUAAAGCAGACCAGAAAUGAAACAAUGAGAAAAUACAAGAUUAUUCUUCCAACAGUAACUUGGGAUCCAAUAGGGCAUGAUCUCUACAGCUUAAUGGGUAAGACUAGCAGACAAUGCAGUAUGAUCAGUGCUUUGGGACUCAGCCUUAGAACAGGAAAAACUACUGGGUGAACUUAACAAUUGAGUAGAAGACAGAUAGCCAGCCAGGGAGGUAAGAUGGCUGUGGAACUGUUUCCAGGGCAGGGGACAGACAGAGGCCAAGAAGAAUGUCUGGCAUAUCUGGAAAUAAAGCAGCUACUUUGUGUGGAGCAUUUCUCUCAAGUUUCUUUGCAAUGGAGACAUGGAUAUAUAUAGCCAUAUUCUCAUGGCUUAAGUAGCAAAAUGUGAACCUGUAGAAAAUUUCCUGUUAAGGGGCCAGCUGGGUCGUGUCACAUCUGGUUGGAUGCAUGUUACAAUGCGCAAGGACCUGGGUUUGAACCCUGAUCCCCACCUGCAGGGGGAAAGCUUUUCAAGUGGUAAAGUAGUGUUGCAGGUGUCCCUCUCUCCCUCCAACCUUCCCUCCCUCUCUACCACCCCCUUCCCUCUCAAUUUCCGGCUGUCUCAAUCGAAAUAAAUAAAGUUAAUUUCU